AGGUUAUUCGGUGUGCCAUCAAGCACAGAUGCCCGAAGUUCCGGACCCUGAAAGCUUGCCCGAGGAGCCUGAGCGGUACAAGCAGCUCUUGCAAGAUCCGGAAGUGCAACCACUGGUGAAGAGCAUACUCAAGUACCAGAAGCGAGUGAAGAAGAACCCCAUGGAUGUCCGGGUGGUCUUGGACUCCUUGAACUGGAGCCACGGAGAGACCGGAUCGGAGCCGACACGGGACCGAAGGGACGCACCUGAUGGUUCGGAGUACAGUCGGUGCUUCGGAAGAGGAUGGAAAAGGGAUCACUUCGGGGGACAUCAUGUGUUUAUCAUUGUGUCUAAUUGAAUCGUUUGAGGAUGACUCUUGAUUGGCGGUAUUUAGUUGUUGUGCACUCCGGAAUUGUUCGCGACAUGGGAUGUUCACGUAACAAAGCAAGUGUAGCUGGCUGCAGUUCUGGAGAAUUCUAUUGCUUGGGGUAUGUAUGGACUGCUAGUUAGUGUUGACCUCCAAACGUUCCGCCCGGUCACUCCCUUCAGCCCAGGUAGUCCUCGGGAGCUAGCCAGUUCUGCCAUGUUCUGCCAACAAAGUUGGACUGCUUUUCAAUCUCGCCACUCCUGUUGGCAUUCCGAAUUCACGAGCAAUGUUCUUAACAUUUAUAAUGGAAUUUAUCGACUGGGAACGGCCAAACUACUGUAUCUUUCUCCAUCGAAAUGUGCAUGUUUGCCUCACGACCACUUCCGGUCACUUGAUGCUCAGUCCUUUGGACGGUUUUGGUGGGUGCAUCCUAUGGGUCUCCUCAAGAAACCCGAUUCCGA